UGUUUUUAAAUUAAAAAUCUCCAUCCUUUUACAUACUGUGAUUUGUUGUUGGAUUAUGUAUUGUCCUUUCUCUCCCGUAAAAAUGUCGCCAUUAGGGACAUAUCUUCCUUUCCUCCAACUUUUAAGAGGAGAUUCUUUAAAUAUCACCUCUGGUGGCCCGGUCAAGUUUCCUCCCCCCCUCUUUCUUUUUUUUAAUAUUUAAGAAUUUGCCAAUAUUUAAUAGCUAGUAACUGAUUGAUCACCUUAAAGCAUCUUGGGUAUUUUUAUUUUAAUACCCCGAAAUAAAAGAAAGUUUGGAGGGAAGGGGAAGGAUUAAAAGGAAAGAAAAGAAACAUUUGUUCAAUCCAUUUUUCAUUUUUAUUUUUAAUAUUUUCCUCCCCUUGUAUUGUUUUACUCAUCUGCUUGUUUUUGUCUUAAAAACACACAUACAAAUGAUUGGCCGUCAGAAAGAUUGAUGGACUCUGUAGAAAUUAAAUGGAAGAAAAUAGGCGUUUUAAAUAUAUGUAUUCUGAUUUAUUACAACAUUUAUAUGUAUUUUUGUGUUUGACCAGGCGGAUUAAAUAAGAAAAGACGAGGGAAUUUGGCUAUUAAAAAAUCAGAAUUAAAAUACAAGAGUUUGUUGAAAAACACAGAAAUCAGAAUUAUUAAAUUAAAUACAAAAAUCAGAAUAAAAUACAAAGUAAAAUACAAAAAUACAUUAAACCAGAAUUAAAACACAUGUUUUAUAAAUAUCAGAAUUACAGAAAAACACUUUAUUUGUUUAAAUCAGAAUUAUUAGAAAAAUAGAAAUCAGAAUUGUUUGAAAUACAAUCUUUUUAAAAUCAGAAAUACAAAAUAGAAUAAUCAGAAUAAUGAAACACAUUAAUAAACAGAAAACACAAGUAAACCAGAAUUUGUAUUUUAUUUCAUUCUGAUAUGAAUAAAAACACAAACAAACAAAAUUUAUUUGUAUUUUUCCUUUUUCAGACUGUUCUCAACUCUAUGCACAAAUACCAACCUCGUAUACACAUUGUUCGUUCAAACGAUGUACAUUCCUACAAAGUAGCUAAUUGGUCUACAACUGUGUUUCCUGAAACGGAAUUUAUUGCAGUCACUGCCUAUCAAAAUAGCCAGGCAAGUAAUAAAUUUUUAUGGUUUUCUGAUUUUUGUUUUGAUUUUCUGAUAGAUAAAAAAAUACAUUUAGAAAAAAUACAUUAG